GCCGCCGCCGGGGGCCGGCCAGCCCAGGCCCCGCUUCAGCAUGGAGAUAGAAAAAGAGUUCCACCGGCUCGACCAGGCCGACAGCUGGGCCGCCAUCUACCAGGAUAUAAGACAUGAAGCCAGCGAAUUUCCAUGUAAAGUGGCCAAAAUUCCCAGAAACAAAAAUCGUAACAGGUACAGAGAUGUCAGCCCUUUUGACCAUAGUCGAAUUAAGCUUCAGCAAGGAGAUAAUGAUUAUAUCAACGCUAGUUUGAUUAAAAUGGAAGAGGCGAACAGGAGCUACAUCCUCACACAGGGCCCUCUGCCAAAUACAUGUGGUCACUUUUGGGAGAUGAUUUGGGAACAGAAAAGCCGUGGUGUUGUCAUGCUUAACAGAGUGAUGGAAAAGGGAUCAAUAAAGUGUGCACAGUACUGGCCACAAAUGGAGGAGAAAGAGAUGGUCUUUGAGGAUACAAACUUCACAUUAACUUUGAUAUCGGAAGAAGUAAAAUCCUAUUAUACCGUGCGACAGUUAGAAUUGGAAAACCUCACGACACAUGAAACUCGAGAAAUUCUGCACUUUCAUUAUACAACAUGGCCUGACUUCGGAGUCCCUGAGUCUCCUGCUUCGUUCCUCAAUUUCCUGUUCAAAGUGAGAGAGUCAGGGUCACUGAGCCCGGAACAUGGGCCCAUCGUAGUCCAUUGCAGUGCUGGAAUUGGAAGAUCUGGAACUUUUUGUUUGGUUGACACUUGUCUUCUCUUGAUGGACAAAAGGCAAGAUCCUUCUUCCGUCGAUAUUAAGCAGGUUCUUUUAGAAAUGAGAAAAUAUCGGAUGGGGCUUAUACAGACUGCAGACCAACUUCGUUUCUCUUACUUGGCUGUUAUAGAGGGAGCAAAAUUUAUUAUGGGUGAUUCAUCUGUACAGGAUCAGUGGAAAGAGCUCUCCAAAGAAGAUUUGGAUCCACCGCCAGAACAUACGCCCCCACCACCAAGGCCACCCAAACGAAGCACGGAAAUGAAUAAUGGGAGGGUGCAUGAAUACAUGGAAUUUUUUCCAAAGCAUCCAGUUGUAGAAGAUGCAGUCACAUGUGCAGUCAGCACACUGGAGGAGAAAAUUCCCGAUGGCAGGGUUUGCUCGGAGCAAUUAGAUAUGGAGAGCACUAAUCCAGACACUGAGCUUAGGAAGAGAACUGUUGAUGCUGCGCCACAUAGUGAAGAGAUGGUGAAGCCAGAAGAGGAGGAGGAUGAAAAUAUGAUGUCAAUUUGGAAACCAUUUCUGGUCAACAUCUGCAUGUUCACUGUCCUGACAGCAGGGGCGUACCUCUGUUACAGGGUGUGUUUUCAUUGAUGGACCUGCCAGAGAUGGUGGUACUGAAACAUCGGUAAAGUUAUUGGUGUUUAACUUGUUUGUAUUGAAAGAAAAAAGAAUAAAAGCUAAAGGAGGGCAACUGA